AAGAGAGAGCAGGCUGAGUCCCUAGGGAAAGAGAGGGAGAAAGGCAAGACAAGCAAGAACAGACGAAGCCUAGAAACCAUCAAGACCUUCUUGGGGUCUGCUCUGGCACUCAGGACUGGGAGGCGGAAUCUUGGGAGUAACAAAGGUAAUUAUCCAGAGGGAGUGAUACAGACCUAUGGAUCAUCAUUCACAAGUUCCCCACGGGAGAAACAGUCCCUGUAAAGGACUCCUGCUCACAGCCUCCAUCUUCAGCUGCUGGAUCCAGCCAACAUCUGCUCCAGAUGCUCCCAUCAGUAUUGUAACAAUGCCACCCUAUGGGAUUGUGGGCAGCAACGUCACCUUGUCCAUCCAAGGCUUCUCAGCGAAGGUUUAUACAUACAGCUGGUACCGAAAAUCAGCAGAUGUCUCCAACCAAAUCAUUACAUACUCCACCCAGACCUCCAAAAAGUCACUGGCAAACAUCCGGGAAAUAAUAUUUAACAAUGGCUCUCUCCUCAUCCCCAACCUUACUCUCAGUGACAAUGAUGACUACAUCGUCCAAAUUGUUGACUCAGAAUAUAAAAUCGUAACAGCUCACACCCAUUUGGAGGUGUAUGCUUUUCGUUCCAGAGGAAUUAUUGAAGCUGGCAUCUUUGUUGGCGUUGUGACUGAGGUGGCUCUGAUUGUAAUUGCUGUCUAUAUCCUGUGCAUCAGGAAGGCUGGACGGGACUCUCAACAUACGCUAGGAGAUCUAAUUCGAAGGGGGAAGAUUUGUUCAUUCCAGAAAGAAGGUGAAGAUUGCAACCUGUAUAUGAAUAAUACUCACUUCCCACAGAUCCAGAACUCCUCUUUCUCCUCUGCUGAUCCAUCUGAGAAUAUCUAUCAGAAUACCCAUGCUCUCUGCUGCAAAAACUCCACUAUCAGUCGUCUACAUUCAGGAAGUCACAGAAAGCAGUUCCCACAUACACCAAAAUAUUUAUUUUAGCUCUUUUCUGUGAUCAUAAGUAACUGGGAACAAAUUAAAUCCUCCUAAAUUGGAGAGAGGACGAAUAAAUUGUGGAGUGUGAAUGGAAUGAAAUAUUACUGUCCCAAAGGAAAUGAUAAAUAUGAAGCAGAGAAAUAUGAGAAGAAUUAUGCAGAGAUAGUAAUAUUUAAGGUGUGUGAGGGGGCAGUGGGGAGAGAACCAUGCACAGUGAUUGCACAGUGACCAAACCUGUCCCUGGAGAAAAUAUGACAGAAUGCAUUACCCUCUCUUCUGUGUAAAGGUGGGAGAUUAAGGUUGCUAAAUGUUGCAUGUAUUCUCAUAUUCAAUCUGACUCAGUUGGUUAGUUUUGUUGAAUUGCUUGUUUUUUAACUCCUUUCUAUUGUACUUUGUUACAAGCAGUGGGUUGUAUGGGAAAUGGGGGGGAGGGUGGGAAAUGUCAAUGAUGUGAAAACAAAAUAUAUAAAUAAUUUAUUCAACUAAAUCUAUUAUAUUUCCUCUGCCACCUCCUCCUCCUGCCACCUGCCCUAAGGUGCUACUUCCUACAUUCUAUCCUAUUAGGCACCCAGAACCAUCACACAAAUCACUACCAAGAGGACUAAUUCCUGGAAAAGCUGCCUGGAAGAGGUAGCAUCUGAAUUAUUCCCUAAAAGAGGGACAAAAAUUCCUGGUAGAUUGAAUGGUAAAGAUUAUCUCUAUCACCCCCCCAAAAAAAAUUAGGAUAAAUUUGGGUAUGAUUUCCAAAGAUCUGGAUAAUACCUCAUCACUCAGGAGCCGGGUCUGGAGCUUCAAAAUGAAAAGGAAAAUUUCUAAGACAUUGAAAAAUGUCAGGAAAGGAGGAAAGGAGUAAUCAUCUGGUCCCUCUUUCUACAAAAGACAUGAAAAAUAGUCCCAAGCUGUUCCCUAAUCUGACCAUGCACCCCAUAAAAACAAAAUUGAGUGAAAAGAGUUCCAGUUUAAUGAGAAGGAUUCUGGGUAGGUGCCCAAAGAGAGGCCUUUUAGCUCCAGUUCUAAACUUGCUUCCUAGGAAUCCUUUCCAGCAUCCUUUUCCACAGUCCCUUUCUUCCUUCCCCCUAUCCAUCUAAUCAAGCUCUCCUUCCCCACAGUACUGAGUAUAGAGUUUGUAUUUAUUCUGACUACAACAUACUUAAAAGUAUACAUGUUGGAAUGCAAGCUACUUAAAGGCAGUGGCAAUUUUAUUUUUCCCUUGGAUUCUCCCUCCUCCUCAGUGUAUUUAUUGGACACAAACGAAGCAUUUAAUAAAAUGUUACUUAUUGGUUGGUUGAUUUACUGUG